GGCGACACGAUGCGACUGGCAGCGCUGCUGAUCCCGCUCUGCCUGCUGGCGGCGCUGGCCGCGGCCGGCGACGCGGAGGCCUACAUGGACGACGGAGGUGGUGGCGAACAGGAGGUGCCUCUGGAAAUGGAUGAAUAUUCUAACCUCCUUGCCAACCUACUGAGAAAAUCGGGACAGAAACGUUCUCCGUUUGUGUACGUCUACAGACGCUCCUGCAUUCGACGCGGCAGCUCUUGCGACGCGCGACCUCACGACUGCUGCGGCUACGGCACCUGCCGCUGCAACCUCUGGGGCAGCAACUGCAAGUGCAUGCGCGGCGGUCUGUUCCAGGCGUGGGGCCGAAGGCGGAAGUGAGCCGCUUCCGGCGGCCGCGCCCCGCCCGCAGGCCGGCGCUGAGGGCCCCUC